AUGCUUGAAUCCCAGGCGCAGCUAUCCAGAUCGCACGGUCCGGUAUCGAUAUCUCGCCCUCACUCCGACGUCGGCCUCGACGGUGAGCGGGCGGCGCCCUUCGAGGUGCCGCACUUCUCGACUGUCUCUCUCCUCACUGUUUGGAUGUUGGACUGCGCUGUGGGGCUCUUCUCGCUUGUCCUGUCUGACGUGUACGUGAACCAGUACCCCGAGUUCCCGCUCAUGUUCUUCCUGGCUCUUGGCUCGCACUUGAACCUCCUAGCUGGCUUCUUCGUAUAUCUGCUCGGCCGCGAGAAGUACGGCCACAAGGUGUAUCGGCUCUAUCAGCCCUUCGCCGGCGGUGUGCAGUUCGUCACGCUGCAGUGCUUUGGAGUCACGUGCGUGUCGUCCUCGCUGCUGCUGACGGCGGCGUACGGGCUUCUCUUCGAGCCCUCAGUGAAUCAUUCGCACGGCUUCAUGAGCACGAUUGGCGUACUGGCGCUGUUUGGCAACAUUCUUCUCUUGCUCUCGCUGCGGAGUUUCACCUUCCACGACUGCGCCAAGGCCUCGGAGCCGGGAUCGAACACCGCGUCAUCGGGCACCGGCUCAGCCUUCCUGGCGGACAAAGGCCUCUCCGCGUUCCUGCGGUAUCUGCGCCGCCGCCCCAAUGCAGAGAGCGCGCUGGAGGUGGCAUUGCUGACGACACAGAGCGCGUUCAGCAUGGUGGCGAUCCGCUUUCCAGGGCUGCAAGAGAGUAUCUUCCUUGUGAACCUUGCGAUCACACUGGCCUGUGGCACGUUGAGUCUGUUCUUCGUCGGCUACCGGCGCUCUCUCGGCUUCAUCAGCUUCCGCCUGCGGAUGCAUCGCACCUUUGACACCGUUCUUCUGUGGCUGUCGCGGUUUCUGUACGUCGCCGCAGUGUUUGCGAGCGUGCUGCUGCUCUUUAACGCCGGUGUGCACACAGUAACGCCAUUGUCUGUGCUCGCCGUGCAGGGACUGAGCGUCGUGAGUUGCGUGGCGCUGCUGAUGUUUCUGCGCACGAUGCGCUAUGAGGCUCUCGCGAAUACGCCGAACGUGCCAAGCAGUGUGUUCGAGCUCGGCGGCGUGGUGGCGGUGGUGACGGCGCUUCUGCUAGCAUGCCUGAACGUGAGCAUCUUUUUUUAUGUGCAGAACUACCCCGACGGCCUCGACGAGGCGAUGGAGGGGACAAGCUGGACGUGCCAGGGGGUGCUGGUGCUUGUGUCGCAGCUGGCUCAGCUCGUCUCUCUGCUACUAACGCCGAUGGUAUACGUGUCGGGCGUGAUUAUGCAUGACGAUCACUUUCGCAUGCUGGCCAGAAACCGCUCAGUCGAGACGCUACCGGUGUUGCUGCUGCAGGCCCUGAGUUAUCUGCUGUACGUCGCCGCCAUCAUCAGUUUCAUGCUCUUUCUGUCCAGCAGUGCUCCUGCCAUCGCCUCGCUGGAGGCGGUGCUGUCAACGCUCAGCGUUUUCUGCAUGACGUGUGCCGUACGACUGUGCAGCUCCUUGACGUUCAAAGGGCGUGCCUUUCUCGCUGCCUUGGUGGAGGAGCCCACAUCGGAGCAGACCACGGCGGGGAAAAAGCCGGCUACCAAGGCGGCCGUAAACCUUGACUCAGUGCUCCUUGUACACACCGAGCCGUCACCCGGCCCUCGCAGCAGGAUGGCGGAGGAGCUGGCCAACACAGCUUACAUCAUGAACGGUGAAAUGAUAUUCAGCUACCUUUUGUGCCUCACGAACUUGCUGCUGCGGCUCCUUGUCGACAUUUCGUUGCAUCAUGUGUGGGGCGAGGUGGAGCUUCCACACGCGCGCCUCAUAAUGAUGGCCGACGCCUGCUUCAUCGCGUGCGUGCCGCUGGUGCACUACUCGGGCAGGGACAAAGGCGUGCGAGGUUUUCACCCCUUCACCGGCAGCGGCAGCUUCGUGGCGCUGCAGGUGCUUGGCUGGAUGAUCUAUGCGAUUUGCGUCAUCGUCAUUAUCGUCGGUACCAUCGUCGCCAGCAACUCCAAAAGCAUUCCCGCCGAGUGGCACGCUCUUAUAGCAGAGGGCCCAGUGAUGCACACCCUGUUCGGCGUCCUGGAGCUGAUUCCGGUCGUUUUCAUCACACUGUCCAUCGCGAUCGAGGCCCGCUACACCAUGGCGGCAGCACUGCAGCAGCGCUUGGCGAAGGAGUCGUUCCUGGAGCUGCGCCGCUUCAUGCGCGAGGAGUUGGCGGACAAGUCGGACGAGGAGAAGGCCGUCGCCCAGGUCGCGUUCCGAACGCUCAUGACGGCAGCGCUGCACAGCUUUGACAUUCCGUGCACCGACAGCCUCCUCCGCAUAUGCAAGGACCCAGCGGCAGAGCGACGUACCGGGAGAGGCUCCCGCGCGCAGCGCAGUUACAGCACCGGCAGUGACGAGGAGGACAGCAGCACCGAAGGAAACAAAAGCAGAGAAAGCUCUGACGGGAGUUGGAGUGGAGAGGACUUGACGAUUCGCCGCCGGCGCCACGAGGGCGCACGUGUGCUUGUGUUUCUGCUCUGCUGCGCGUCAGCUGCCUUCUUCGUGAUAGCGGCGUUCAUGGCGAAGGUAAUGAUUUUGUCGUUGGCGUUCGCUGUGACUGCGAUGCUCAUAUGCACGAUUUCGUGCGUCGGCGUGCAUGCUGGCUAUGGGAUGGUCCUCCACGGAGAACCGAGCGUGUUUGUGCCAUUUAUGCCGUUCCGCGGUGGGUCACAGUUUGUCAUUCGGCAGAUGGCAGGAUGGUGCUGCUACGCAGGCGCGUUCCUGGUGACGCUCAUCACGUCGAUCGAGUCCGCGGAGGUGUCCGCCACGGCGAUGCUGAUUGCCGCGCUGCUGUCGGUGACGAGUCAGGUUUUCAUCUUCAGCUCUGUCCCUCUGUUCUCCCACCGGCGCGGCGAGCCGACGUUCCUGGAGGUGAACGGCGAAGGCAUCGUGGCCCUGUUCACCUUUUCAGGCGCGAUGGCGUUUGGACGAGUUUACACUCCACUUGUAGCCUUCUUUGGGUGCGACACACAGCACUACCUCCACUACGGCGACGAGAGCUCCGCCUCCCGCCGAACGCGCGUGCCGUUCGUGCUGGCAGUGAUGAGUCUCUCACUAGCGGUGCCGUGCACGCUGAUCGCCCUGAGUCGAACAAAACUGCAAUGGGAGCGUGUCAUGCGCACCGGCACCGCAGCGGAGGCGAUAUCCAAGGAAAGCCCCUCGUCCACGAGGAGGGCGCAUCAUCGCACGAAUUUGGCGAAAGGGAUUUCGAAUCUCAUAGAGGUACUCGCCAUCCUGUUUGCCACCUUCACUCCCCUGUCCAUUGUAUUUUUGAUAUUUUACUUCUUCACGCAGUACACGCCACGUCUGGUGCAGGUGAUGGAGGCCUACCUGCCAGUCUGCUUCGCUGUCACCGCGCUGACGCUGGUGCUGUCUGUGGUGCCGUAUGUGGUGGACGUCGGCGUGCCGAUGUUCGUGGUGACGGUGCGUGUGACGGCUGUGACGUGGAUGCUAUACUGCAUGCCCAUGCUCACUUCGGGCCUGUUGCUCCUCCCGGCGCUGAUUGCGCCGCGGCACAGCACCCUCUUCCUUGCGUGCGGCGCGCUUGCCCUGUUGCUGGCGGGCAACUUCAAGAAGGUGCGGCUUGCACUGAAGCUUGCGGUGUACGCUGUGAUCGGCUACCUGACGUACCAGAGGUGCAUGCUGCACGUUGUGGGCGGCCCGUCGUGGGGGAUGGCGCGCGCGCUUGGCGUGCACGUCGUGGACUGCGCGGUGCUCGGCGCGUUGCUGUGGUACCUCCCGCUGUAUUCGGGCAAGCCGUACCACACAGGGUCGCAGCGCAGCCUGCGCUUCACGGAGUUCGCGCGCAACUACUUGUUUGCCGACGCGGUGAAGUACUUCAACUUCCGCGUGAUUGUGGAUGACCCCGCCGUGCAGAUGCGGGACGACACGUCGCAAUACCUGUUCUCCUUCCACCCCCACGGCGUGUUCCCCGGCACGGCGCUGUUUGCGUCUCUGACGGCGGAGUGGGCCCUCAAGGUCGGCGUCAAUGCGCAGCGCUAUGUGUCGACGCAUGUCGCGAGCGUUGUUUUGAACGUGCCACUGCUGCGGGACUUCAACCUGCGCCUCGGUGCGCUGUCAGUGAGCCGGCGCUCUGUGGAGGCGAGCCUCGCGCGCGGCAACAGCGUCCUUAUCGUGACGGGUGGCCAGGCGGAGAUGCUGCGCGCGCAGGUAAGCUCGGAGAGGAUGAUCCUGAUCACGCAGCACACUGGUUUCAUACGGCUAGCCAUCGCGUCACGGGUGCCGCUGGUGCCGCUGCUGUGCUUUGCGGAGAACAACGUGCUGGGGAUGCUGCAGUUUCCGCGCAUCCAGCGCCUCUCGCUCAAGCUCCUGGGCUUUCCGUUCCCGGUGAUUCCCUUUGGCCGAUUCGGUCUGCCUCUGCCGUUCCGCACGCCGCUGACGCUUGUGGUGGGGCCGCCGCUUGCUAUUCCCGAGGGUGCGGACGAGAACAACCCCGAUGACAUGCGGCGCGUGUCGGAGGCGUACUUCCAGUCGCUGAAGGACCUGUUCUACCGCCGCCGCGCUGAGGCCGGGUACCCUGGCAUGGAGCUCGUACUGCUGGACGACGAGGAGGCGCGGAAGCGCAAGCAGGCCUGCGAGGCCGCGGCGUCCACAGCGAAGAGGGCAGCGUAG